UUAUUGACUGCGACCCACCUCCCUCUCGAAAUUCGCACCAGGUCACUUUGCAAAACCAGACGGCGGAAUCGCGCGGUAUAAAUAGCGGCCGGCGCGACCGAGCAAAUCACAUUCGAACAGCUCCACACAGAAGCAACAUGUUCAGCAAGGUCCUCGCCCUCGCCGCCUGCGUGGCCGCCGCCUCCGCCGGAGUCCUGCCCGCCGUCAGCACCUACGCUGCCGCCCCCGCCUACGGCUAUGCCGCCCCCAUUGCCCGUGCCUAUGCUGCCCCCGUCGUUGCCGCCCCCGCCAUCGCCAAGGUCGCCGUCCCCGCCGAAUACGACGCCAACCCUCACUACAGCUACUCUUAUGCCGUGUCCGACGCCCUGACCGGAGACAACAAGUCCCAGCAGGAGAGCCGCGACGGAGAUGUCGUCCAGGGCCAGUACUCCCUCAUCGAGGCCGACGGAACCCGCCGCAUCGUCGACUACACCGCCGACCCCAUCAACGGAUUCAACGCCGUCGUCCACAAGGAGGCCGCCGUCCAGAAGGCUGUUGUUGCCGCCCCCGCCUACGCUAAGGUCGCCGCUCCUCUGGCUUAUGCCGCCCCCAUCGCCAAGGUCGCCGCUCCCCUCGCCUACGCCGCCCCCGCUGCCUAUGCCGCCCCCGCCUACGGCCGUGCCAUCCUCGGUUAAGUCAACCAAAACCAACAAACCCUAUUUAUUUUUGUAAAUACUCGUCAAGAAUGCAAUAAUGUGGGAGACCACGUUCAAAAAGCUGAAAAUAAAAUGUUGAAUAUUUCACUGAA